AUGGGGACAAGGGGACAUGGCAGCCACUCUUCACCGCUUUCCAUUCUCCUUCAGGGUCCAGCUGGUCCCCGUGGUCUCCCUGGCCCUCCUGGCGCUCCCGGUCCUCAAGGUUUCCAAGGUCCCCCCGGUGAACCCGGAGAGCCCGGUGCUUCUGGUCCCAUGGGUCCCCGUGGUCCCGCUGGCCCCCCUGGCAAGAACGGAGAUGAUGGUGAAGCUGGAAAGCCCGGCCGUCCCGGAGAGCGCGGUCCCCCCGGCCCCCAGGGUGCGCGUGGUCUCCCAGGAACCGCCGGUCUGCCGGGCAUGAAGGGUCACAGAGGCUUCAGUGGUCUGGAUGGUGCCAAGGGUGAGCCUGGUCCUGCUGGUCCCAAGGGUGAGCCCGGCAGCCCCGGGGAGAACGGUGCUCCUGGGCAGAUGGGUCCUCGUGGGCUUCCCGGCGAGAGAGGCCGUCCCGGUCCAUCUGGCCCCGCUGGUGCUCGCGGUAACGACGGUGCUCCUGGUGCUGCCGGUCCUCCCGGUCCAACUGGUCCCGCUGGUCCCCCUGGCUUCCCCGGUGCUGCUGGUGCUAAGGGUGAAACCGGUCCCCAAGGAGCUCGUGGCAGCGAAGGUCCCCAAGGUGCCCGUGGUGAGCCAGCCAAGGUGAAACCGGUCCCCAAGGAGCUCGUGGCAGCGAAGGUCCCCAAGGUGCCCGUGGGCAACCCCGGUGCUGACGGUCAACCUGGUGCCAAGGGCGCAACCGGUGCUCCUGGCAUUGCUGGCGCUCCCGGCUUCCCCGGUGCCCGCGGUCCCUCCGGACCCCAGGGUCCCAGCGGUGCCCCCGGUCCCAAGGGUAACAGCGGUGAACCCGGUGCUCCAGGCAACAAGGGAGACACUGGUGCCAAAGGCGAACCCGGUCCCGCUGGUGUCCAAGGUCCCCCCGGCCCAGCUGGCGAGGAAGGCAAGAGAGGAGCUCGUGGUGAGCCCGGCCCCGCUGGGCUUCCUGGCCCCGCCGGCGAACGUGGUGCUCCCGGCAGCCGUGGUUUCCCUGGCGCUGAUGGCAUCGCUGGUCCCAAGGGUCCCCCCGGUGAGCGUGGCUCCCCUGGCCCCGUUGGCCCCAAAGGAUCCCCUGGCGAAGCUGGACGCCCCGGGGAACCCGGCCUCCCCGGUGCCAAGGGUCUGACUGGAAGCCCUGGAAGUCCUGGUCCCGAUGGCAAGACUGGCCCCCCUGGUGAGCCCGGCAAACCCGGCGAGAGAGGUGCUCCUGGUCCCCCCGGCGCCGUGGGCGCUGCAGGCAAAGACGGUGAAGCUGGUGCCCAAGGUCCUCCCGGCCCUACCGGUCCCGCUGGAGAAAGAGGUGAACAAGGUCCCGCUGGUGCUCCUGGCUUCCAGGGUCUGCCGGGCCCCGCUGGCCCCCCCGGUGAGGCUGGCAAGCCCGGUGAGCAGGGUGUCCCCGGAGAUGUCGGUGCCCCCGGUCCCGCCGGUGCCCGGGGUGAGAGAGGUUUCCCCGGCGAACGCGGCGUCCAAGGCCCCCCCGGUCCCCAAGGUCCUCGUGGUGCUAACGGUGCUCCCGGUAACGAUGGUGCUAAGGGUGAUGCUGGUGCUCCCGGUGCCCCCGGGGGUCAAGGCCCCCCCGGUCUGCAGGGUAUGCCCGGAGAGCGCGGUGCUGCCGGCCUGCCAGGCGCCAAGGGUGACAGAGGCGACCCUGGUCCCAAAGGUGCUGACGGCGCUCCUGGCAAAGACGGUCUCCGAGGUCUGACCGGCCCCAUCGGCCCCCCCGGCCCUGCUGGUGCUCCUGGUGACAAGGGUGAAGCUGGUCCCCCCGGUCCUGCUGGUCCCACUGGUGCCCGUGGUGCUCCCGGUGACCGCGGUGAGCCCGGCCCUCCCGGUCCUGCUGGAUUUGCUGGCCCCCCCGGUGCCGAUGGCCAGCCUGGUGCUAAAGGUGAAACUGGUGAUGCUGGAGCCAAGGGUGAUGCCGGUCCCCCCGGCCCUGCCGGCCCCACUGGUGCUCCUGGCCCCGCC